CCAACUUUAACCAUUAAAUUAAAUAAAUAAUAAAUACAUCAACCAAAAAAAAACAUGAAUCGAAAAGGUCCGGCACUCCCCUUUGCCCUUCACUACAAUCUCUGAUUUUCAAAGCGCGAACAAGGGAGUUUUGAAGCACAAUGGCAGGGCAUAGAGAAGCUAGGAAGAAUCCUAAUUCUUUAGGUGGAGAUUUCGGAUUUGGUGGGAGUACAUUUACUAGCGUAUUCGCGGGCAAUGAUCCUUUUCACGACCCCUUUUUCACUAGUCCUUUUAGCAUGUUCGGUUCCAACACUUUUAGCUCCGGUGGUCCCGCUAAUUUUCAGCACGCGAAGCCAAAAGGACCAGUCAUUCAAGAGCUCGACAGUGAUGAUGAUGAUGAAGUGCAGAUGUUAAACAAGGAAGGUGAUGUUAAUGAUGCUGCUGAUUGGCGCAAUAAAAAUCCGCUCGUUGAGCAUCCAGAGGACCAAGCCAAUGAAGACCAUGGAAAGAGUUCUAGCAACGGGAGAGAAAUCUUACGUAGCACGAAUAAUGAAAAAGUAGUGGCAAACAAAGAACAAUCUCGAAGUUCGAGCUAUCAGAGGGUGACUUAUGGGGGAAUAAAUGGAGCCUACUACACUGCAACGACUUCUCGUAGGACAGGUAAUGAUGGGGUGACGGUGGAAGAAAGGAGACAGGCUGAUAAGACAACUGGUCAAGCAACCCACAGGAUUUCUAGAGGACUUCAAGACAAGGGGCAUUCGGUCACAAGAACACUUGGUUCAGAUGGUAAGGUGGACACAGUUCAGACUCUACACAACCUAAAUGAAGAUGAACUUGAGGGCUUUGAACAAGCUUGGAGAAGCAACGGGGACAGGCUUUCGCAUGGUUGGAAUGAUACAUUUGAUUUUCCAGGCUCGGGCAGUAGAAGAGAAAGUAGACUGGGAUUCUGGGGAGGAUUUAUGAAUCCAUUCAAAGAACAUUCAAUUAGAAAUAAUGAGAUGGGUGUUGAUCGGGACCUUCAAGCACAAUCAUCCAGAGGGAGGCCAAAAAAGAUUGUCACAAUCAACAUUGACUAAAUCAGCCACUCUGUAGUGAAUUGGUUUUUACAAGCAGUAAAAUAGGUUAUGUGAAUACACGGUUGCUGCCUAGAUUUUGGCCGUCCUAUUUGUUGCAUUAUCUUAUUGGUUUUGUAUUCUGGUUUUGUCCUGCAGUCUCUGAAAGAUGGACCUACUGUGAAGCAUGGAUUUAUAAUUGUAUUUCUCACAUUAAUGUCUUCUAUUUUCCUGAAAAUGGUCGGUGUACGUUAAAUGUAGUACAAGAUCUGACGAGAUAAUUCUGCAACAAAGCAGGC